GAAGAAUUGUUCAUUCUGUAGGAGAGCCGCUUGCCAGAUAUUUUCAGAUACUGCGUGUGAUGCCCUUUUGCUCUGUUCCUUUUCGAGCCUUGAUUCAUCAUGGAUAUAACUGUCUCAGAUGACAAGGAAAUAAAGGAUCUAGAUGAAGAAUCAAUAUGGGACCUGAUUGAAAGCCAGCGCCACAUAAUCACGAGUAAGGUCCGUCCCUGUCACAUCACACCCUUCUUGCGCCAGUGCCGUGUAAUUGGGGAGACAGAUGAGGAAGAAAUUCUUUUUGCUCCUCACCUUAACCACCGGUAUAUGAGAACUGGGCACAUGCUUGAUCUUUUAAGAACUCGGGGAAAGAAAGGGGGUCUUGCCUUUCUGGAGUCUUUAGGAUUCUAUAAUCCUGAAAUUUAUACAUUAAUAACUGGGAAGGAACCCACCAAAGAUUGCAGCAGCAUACUUGUUGAGAAAGGAAAUUUGGAUUUAAUUCAGUUUCUAAUGAAUGAAGUGAUGAAGGCUCAGAAAUGGCUAGGAGAAGAGAAAUGCCAAAGACAUCGGUUGCAUGAGAAAGUUCGAAGCUUAGAAGACCAAAACCAGCAAUUGAAAACUGAACUCAAGGGUUUGAAGGCAGCUGAGGCUAACUUGAGCAGAAUUAAGAUGGACUGGACUCAUCACCAUGAUGAAAUGAUUCGGCUAAAAGAGGAGAAUUAUCAGAUAUUAAUGCGGUAUACAAAUACGCUGCAGGAGAAAGAAAUGUCUGUGACACGGAGCAGAGAGUUAUAUCAACAGGUGGAUGAUCUUAGGAUGGAGAAUAAAAAACUAAAACUAGAAUUUGACGUUGAGCGAAGAAUGUCCUCCAAGCUGCGUGAAGCAUUCAAGCCGAAAGAUGAUGAACUUUUAAACUUAAAAGGAGAAAUUGAUAAAUUGAGGUUAAGAAUUCAAGAGUUGCCAGUGAACCCAGUGACAAUGGACAUGUUGGAGCAGGAACGUAUAGAAGCUCAAGAAGACAAGCAGGAUCUGAAGAAAGAGAUGAAUUCACUGCGAUUGGAGCUCGAUCAGGCUGAACAUUUGAGAAAUGAAUACCUAGAUGAAAAGGAAAAUAUGCUGAUGGAAUGUGCUACUCUGAAGAUUGACUGCAAUAUGUACAAAGAUAAAAUUACUUCACUCCAGACACAAAUUUUAGAGCUACAAAAAGAACGUGAUGAGGCAUAUUCGGCCAGGGAUGAAGCGCAAUUGCAAAUCAGCAAAAUGAUCAUGGACAAAGAUCUAUGUCGUCGCCAAGUUAUUGAACUACAGGACACAUAUCGUGAGUUGAAUAAGGAAUUGCUGCAGUUAAGGUCAAACAAGAACAAACAGGAGAAAGCAAUAAAUAAAAAAACUCCACCACGUGAAAAACCCAAACUGAAGCGUCUUCAAGCAGUGAAUCUCAGGACCAUCAGCUAUGACAGUGAUGACAGCAGUUGUAGCAGUCAAUGUGACCUUCCUAUGCAUCUAAAGAAAGCCAAAAGCUGUGAAUCAAUGAGCAGACUGAAUUCUUCCUUUGUUGAGCCACCCAGCAGGGAAUCUCUCUACAGACGCCAAACUGAAAAUACUGGAGAAGAAUCAUUCAGCAACAGACAUUCUAUUGAUGAUGAUGUUUUCACAUCAGUAGACGAUUGCACUGAUACAGGCAGUUCUGAUGAAAAUAUUCCUGAUGUCGUACCAUUCAAAAAGUCUGAACCAUCACCUGAAAGCUUAUUGUCUAUGACUGGAGCCACCGCACCACCUGAACAAGACUGGCCAUUUCUACGAGGACCUCCUCAUAUGAAGUUAAUGAGCAAAAUAUCUUCAUAUAAAUUCAAUGGAGAUGGAAUUCUGGAUCAAAUUGAAAUAAUUGGUGGGAAUUCAACUGGAAUAUUCAUUCACAAAAUCAAACCUGGAUCUCCAGCGUAUGCCUGUGGCCUUCAGCCAGGAUUUCAGAUCAUGAUGGUGGAAAAUAAUGGCAGAGAUCCAAAGAAGACCGUACUAGAGGAUGCCAGUUUGGAGGAGGCUGUUUGGACAUUGAAGCAAAUUAAAGGGAUGUGCUGUUUAGCCAUAAGGCAUAAGGCAGAAGCUUAUCAAACAUUGGUGGAAAAUAUUGAGAAGAAGAUUGCUACCUCUGGUGAUUCAUUCUACAUCCGCGUCAAUGUUCCAUUUGAUAAGGAAAGUGGGGCUAUUAGAGGAUUUACUCUCCAAUGCAAUGAAAUCCUGCACAUCACUAACACCAUUCACAAAGGCAAUAAUGAGUGGAAAGCAUUCAGAGUGAAUCCUAACACAAUGGCAGACAUGGAUGGAGGAAAUAUUCCAAAUUACUAUCGGGCUCAGCAGUUGAUGAUUGGAAUGAUUCGGAAAAUGAUGCAACAGACUCCACCAAAUAAAAAGCAAGAUCGGAAAACAUCAUCUUCAAACCAAAAUAAAUUUAUGAGAAUAGUCAGCACUGAGAUAGGUCAGAGAAAUUCACACUGGUUAUCAUUUGACAAUGGUACCAUCAAUCCCAACAAAGAACAAGAUGACAGGUCUCCUGGCAAUUGCUUUACAUUAAUGCCCUACUCAUUGGUCAGGCCAUGCCACCCACCAUCUCUGCGACCAGUGAUAAUAGCACCCACUCGCAUUGGAAAAAUUGUGCUUGAGAAGCUGAAAGACCUAGUUGAGUAUGAGAAAUGUAAAACUGAGUGCUUGAAUAGUACAGAGUAUGCUGCAAAAGACGGAAAAGGAGAUAUAUUGGGUGUGACUGAAGUACAGAAUCUACUUCGCUCCUGUUACACACGGACAGCUGUAGAGGCUGUAGUUGCUAAGAAUGCCCAUUGCCUAUUGGAACUUGGGCUGGAUUGUGUGAAGCGAUUACAUAAGGUGGAAAUCUACCCCAUUGUCAUCGUCAUCCAUCUCUAUGAGAAAAACAUUAAGAAAAUUAAGAAGAUCUUGCAGAAAUAUGGAGUGACAGAGGAUUUGCUAUUGCAGUGUUCUCGAAGGGAAGAGUCUUGCUUGGACACAUUGCCAUGCCUGUACAACAGCAUUGCCGAUGGCUGGAGUGAUCUUGAUUCACUUGUCAACUUAGUCAAAGCUACAGUAAAGGAUGAACAAAAGAAAAUUGUCUGGCUUGAAGACUCACUCUAAUGUGUUGGUCUAAGGAUUGGGCACAAGCAUAGCUGAAGGGUUAUUAAGUAGCGAGUGAACUAUCCCUUCUUAAUACAUAGGUAUAGAAAUAAAUUAUCGUUGGUAUGCUUUCAGAGGAUUUUGUUAAAUUUUCAUGCAUACCACUGGAAACACACGUUUCUAUUAAAUAUAAAAGUGAAUAACCUAUUUGUAUAUUUUUGGGUGUGCUUUCUUUGUGCAGCUCCUGCCAUUCCCUCUCUCCUACUGGUUGGGAAUCAUAGUAGCUUUGAGAGAAAAAAAAGAACACUCUUAUUGGGUAUCGAACAAAAAUAAAAGAACUUACUUCAUUUGUAGGGUACAGUUAUUCUGUGAGUGCUGACUAAGAAACAAUUUAUUUGAAUAAAAGCAGUCUACUCAAAAUGUUUGAAUAUUUAUAAUAGAAACAAGCAGUUGUGGUGGUGGGAAUAUUUCCAAUUAAUUUCUAUGAUAAUGAUUAAAGUUAUAGAAAGAUAUUUUUGUAAAAAUAUUACAUAGGGCAUUUUAUUGCACUUAGCAAACGGGCUGCAAGAAGGCAGCUCACAAUCAUUUUCUCAAAGGAAAUGAAGGAGCUUGGUAAUAUGCAUUAAAAAUUGCAAGCAGAUGGAAAGUGUUGGCAAGUAGCUGUAAGCUUAGGGCUGGUACACAAGGCUCAGGAUAUUUAAAACCGUCCUUGUGAGGCAAGAGUAGCAUUUCCUAUCCUGGGUUCAUAAAAAUUGAGAAAGACUGAUCCUUUCAGGAUUCCUCUUAUUCUAAUUACUCUUAGCAAUAGGGAUACAGGGCUUUCCUGAUCGGGACAUCUUAUUAAAAUAAGAGUCGGGCUAUCACUGUAUCAUUGGACUCCAAUUUGUAAAGUAUCAAAUAAACAACCUGGUCAAAGGAGCAGGUUAAAACUUACUACAAUUACCACAAAUAUUGCCCUGAUCAGUGGCACCCACAUCUCAAAAAGUAGUAAUUUUUAAAAAACAGAAACAUCAUUCCUUUUUUCCAUACUUUGUAAAGUCUUAAGAUUUUUUUUUCAUGUUUAAGGAAGAUUUAUAGAAACAGAAGUUGUCAAUGGGAUACAGUUGCAAUGAUAAAACAAUUUGACACCUGUGAAUGCAUGCAGUAGCAAUGUGGUUAUAUGAAUUAGUUUUGUGCAUC